ACUCGUCGUCGACCCGUCGUCUUCUCGCGCGUCGUCGCCGACGAACCACGGAAACGAAAGAAUCGGCUUUCCCGCGGCGCGUUCACCUCGUUUCCGGUGAAAACUCGGGGGUGGAGACACGGGACUUCCGGUGUUCGCGGAGCCUUGACACAGUUUCGGCGUCGGAUCCGCCGCGACCGCGAAUGCACCGGUGAACGUUCGCCGCGCACACGCGUGCGUCUGCCUACGUGUACGUGCACGUCUCUCUCUCUCUCGAUUCUCGGCUCUCGACGCGCCGCGGCUCUCUUCGUGUGCGACACAAGUGCACCGAGUGCAUCUGGUGCAGACGCAUGCACCGCAGCCGCGCAGUGCAGCCUCGUGACACGGUGUAACGACGCAUCGAUUUGAUCUUUACAACGGUCCCCGGGUGCCGGCCGGCCACACCGAUGUAACCCUCUCGUCGUUGUCAUCGUUCUCGUUGUCGUCGUCGUCGACGUCGUCGUUGCUGCUGUUGUUGCUCCUGUGCAGAGCCUGCGCUUCCUACGUGCCACGGACGCGACCGAUUCGCAUCGAGACCGUGACAAUCGGCUCGACAGAGUCCAGAGAUAGAGCUAGUUGCAGGAAUUAGGCGAUUUAUUUCAGCAGAUUCGUGAAAUUUCGAGAUUUUUCUUCGGCAAUGUAAAUGCUGAAAUUAUUCUCGAAAUUGAUAGAACGUUGUCGCGAGCUGAGAACUGUUUGAACAAGAGGAAAGUACGAGAAAUCCCGCCGACUCGGUAGAACUGAAAAGAUUGACAUCUGCAAAGAAUUCUUAACAGCUGUACAGUAACAAAUGAACCUAAUGCUAGAUCAUAGUUCCACUUCAAGCUGAGUAAUAAUCCCAGAUUUUAUAAAUCGUAAAGAAAAAGUGUACGUAUUCGAACGUCGGGACACUGUGAAUAUUGUUUACGUAAACGUAGUGAACUAGUGACAGUGGAAGUUGGAUCUUUGACAUUAAUCGACCCGCGGUACAAUAUAAAGAUACAUUAAUGAUACUGGAACAUCGAACGAAGGAAGACUAUAAAAUGUUCAGUCUCGACUGGGGUUUCCAUUUUCUGCCCGAAGAGUACGAUGGGUCGGAGAAGAAUGGUUUCCCCAACGCCGGUGGUUCCAUCGCGUGCCGACUCGGUGAGGUGUCAGGUGAAAACGUGUCCGCCAGCUCCGGACCACGCGGCGGCGAUCGUGGAGAGGCGACCGAUUUAGGCACACACACGGAAAACAACGACGGGGCCACCCUGGCCGCGAACACAGCGGUCGACGCCAGGGGCGGAAGCCCCCAGGGCGCUCACCUGUCUGGUGCGGCCACCCCCAGACCGCCGAGGGGCAGGAGGCGGCAGAAUCAGAAUGGUCUCGACACUACUCAAGUUAAAACUGAACGACUCACGCCAGACAAUAACUCAACCUCGUCGAGAAGCGUGACGCCCUCGUCGUCCAGCCACCCGGGAACGCCGCCAAAUGCAACCCCCUUGGGUGGUCCUGAGGGCCCACCGCCGCCGCACCAUCUCAAACACAUGGAGCAGAUGAUGGGUCGGAGUUACAGCGAUUUUAUGAAAAGUCUCGCUGCCAAAUACAACAACGCCAACCCUAAUGACUACUUCAGUUCGCCGAGAAAUGGCUACCCUCCCGGUCUGGACCCGAGGUUUCCAGCAUUCAAAACUGCCGCAACGCCUUUCGUUGGCUUAAUGGCGCCGUUAGGCGCGCCCCAACCACCGACCGUAUCGACCACCUCGCCCUUAUCCAGCAAAGACCCGAAGGAACAGAAGCAGGACAGUUUGUUCGGCAAUCCAGUUUUCCCGCCGAUGCUCGACAUGUCGUCGACACAGGCGCUUCUGCAUAUGGUCAGGACUGCGAACGCGGCACAAAACGCGGCCGAGCUGGAAACGUACCUGAAAGGUGCGAACAUGAACAAAAGAGACGCCGGCGUGACGAGUCCCCUGGAUCUCUCGAGUCCGGGCGGGUUCGCACCCCGCAAGAGGCAACGAGCGGAGACCCGGAGAUCCGGCAGCGUGUCGCCCAAGCCGAAACCAACCCCCAGGCCGACGACGCCACCGCCGGUCAGGUGUCCAUCCCUCUGCGGCCACAUGCCCUGCGGCGACGGUCAAGCUGUCAACCGGUGGACCAUCGAGGACGUCGUGAAUUACGUGUCGUCGAUCGACAGUUGCGCUGAGUAUGCACAGAACUUCCGCGAGCACCGCAUCGACGGAGCCGCGUUGCCCCUGCUGUCCGAGGACCACCUGACGGGCCCGAUGGGGAUGAAGCUGGGCCCGGCCCUGAAGCUGCGCGCGCUGCUGGCCCGAAAGCUGGGCGCGUGCACGGUGUGCUUGCACUGCGCGCACUGUCACCAGACCCCUCUGCCGGCGUUGAACGCCGCGGCCGCUGUUGCAGCGGCGUCCCAGCACCAGCACCAGCAGCAGCAGCAACAGCAGCAACAACAGCAGCAACAGCAGCAGCAGCAACAGCAGCAACAACAGCAGCAACAGCAGCAGCAGCAACAACAGCAGCAACAGAUGCCCGGCAGACGGCCGAGUAGCACGGGGAACUGACAAACAAUGGCGGAGGCUCCGGUGGGUCUGGAGGGCGCGUCGGCGCCCUCGCCGGACCCGAACAGGGCCCUAAGGAUAGAACGGCGCGUACCGCGUCCAAUACGCAAGCCGGACGUCGUCUUCAAGAAGCCUAUCAAACAGUGACAAGGUCCGCGGACCGUUGUCCAGGAGGCUCCGCCUGUUCUCCAUCGACUUAGACUAUAAAAGUGCGUUCAUCGGCGAACGGUAUCGCCAGUGAGGCACCUCGGGGUGCACGGGAUCCUUCGAGUUGCUAUCGAGUACCUGGCGAUACGAGGAUCGUUCCUGCACCAUGGACUGUUUUUCCGGCCUCCGCGACACCUUUCGGGGGAAAGCUGUCGCCAGACAGUCGUCUUCUUCUUCGGUCGGAGGAUGCUCCGGACGAUCGACAGAGGGGACCCGUCUCUCUCGCGGGGGCUAGACAUAUCACGAGUAGUUUGUAAUUGACCGACGUAGGGAGCCAGAGACGAUCAGGGGAUACCGACGUGCGCACACCCGGUGCCUAAGGCUACACGAUGCUCGCUACCCGAUGUAGAUUUUUACUCCGAUUCGCUCGAUCGCGGCUCGCGGACGACCCUUCGGGAAUCGUUCGAGAUCGACCGAUCUCCGUUCUCGCAUAAUCUGCACCGCUGAUCGGGCUUCUAGAUCUCGGCCGGGCGGGCCUUUCUUCCGCGGAGGAACCGGAGGGUAACUAACAAGCGUUCAACGGUCCCGCGGAAUGAUCCGGGUUCGAAUUAGAAAUAGACACGCGAUCGGCACGAAGAAGCUGACACCGUGCAACGGACGAAUUAAUUGGUUGAACGUUCGUUCGGAGCGCGUUCGGUCGCGCGUUUCCAUUUCGAAUUUCGUGGACCGAGAACAUUAUCGGCCGACCAAAAUUCUAUUUUCAGAUUUCGGACAUCCUCGAUGUUGCCGCGUUCGACGACCAGAAAUUAGCGGACGGUUUAGAGAUAGAGAUAACGUAGCCGUGUGGUGUAUUUGUUACGUCGUUCUUUUUCCGCGAGACGAAGAAAGUAUUUCGAUGAUCAACGAAACGAGUGCCUAUCCGUCAAAAAAGUCUUCCAAGGGCUGGCCUUUCUUAGCGAAACUCGAUCGACCCGGUGAUUUCGUAAUUUUUCCGAUCAGUACGGCUCCUGGAAAUUACUCCUGCGAUGCGAAUAUGUGUAUUCUCACCUCUUACCUGAGAGGCGAACUUACUGCGACCAUUAACUGCGGAUUACUCGAAUACGUCCGCGCACCGUGUCCAAAUUCCUAUUUUCGUUGUACAAUAGCUGGACAUUUCUUUUUUGCCGCGCUUGGAAAAGUUUUCUACGAAGCAUCCGAUUAUUUUAAGUAUCGCUGCUGCUCUUUGCAUAGCUGCACGUCGACGAUUUCGGUUCAUGCUCGGAUCUUCAAUUUAUGUUUCCGGCAGUCUAAAAGGAGCAGCUGCUCCGAGACAGUUAUUGGUUCAGGUGUUGCAAUAAUAAUAACAAUAAUAAUGUACGAUAAUUCAGUUGCUUCGUAUUUUGAUUUCGCGUUAAGUUUCGAUUGGCUGAACCGGAUUGAAAAUGACCGGGAGAAAUUGUGGAUCGAUGAUUAAUGGAUAUUGGGAAAAAAAGAGAGAGAACCCGCGAGAACACCUCCGUUUGGUAGCCGAUGAUCGACUAGGUCGGACAGCUACGGGGAACUCUCCUGAUUUCCCAAUCUCCGUGUUAUGUUGUUACGGACGGUCCUGAUCCCUGCGAUGCCGGCAAAUUCGAGUAGUUCUGCGAGCCCAACAACGACAUACAGUAACAGAACCGAUCAAGAUAAGAACGAGGAGAAUAAAUAAUAUUAUACGUA